AUGAACUCUCUGAUUGGGAAAAAGGUCUCGGCAGUGAGUCACAAAGUGAACACAACACGGCUCGAUAUUUUGGGUGUGAAGACGAUAGGCGAUACACAGCUAAUCUUCCACGACACUCCAGGAAUUUUACAGAAAAGCAGCAAAGAAGAAAAGGAGCUCACAGGAAUUGCAAAGAACACUCUAUCCAAAAUGGAUCUCUAUCUCACCUUAAUCGAUGGGUCGAUUCCGCUCACCUAUCUCAGUCGCGAAAACGAAGCGCAAAUCCUCAUAGCACUCAAUAAAUGCGACUUGAUGAAGCCGGCCACGCUCAUUCAAGAGCGAAAAAAGCUGAUCGUUGAGGAGGUUCCAAGUCUUCUUCGCCCCUCCCUGGGAAUCAAAGACGACGGCUCUUCGAUCAUCAGUCUCUCGGCGCUUAAAGGGCAAGGAAUCAAAGAGAUUUUGCGCACGUUGCAAGCAAAAGCGCGCCCAGGAAGAUGGCUUUUUUCUCCAGGCGUGAUCACAAAUCGAAGCCAGGAAGAGCAAGCGAAUGAAAUCAUCCGAGAGAAAGUGUUCCAUUUCCUGAACCAAGAAAUCCCGUACGAACUCAUCGUCGUGCAUCGAGGAUGGAAGAAACUUAAUGGAGGGUUGGUUCUGGAUGCGGAGCUUCUCUGCCAGUCGCCCUCGCAGCAGCGGAUCGUAUCGAAAAUCCGCCGUCAGCUGGAGUUUGCAGCGAGUGACGACAUUAGCAAAUUGUUUGGGAGACAAAUCCGAGUGAUGAUUCAAGUGGGCAUCGAUAAGAGUUGA